AUGUCGUCUCCCUCGUCGGCAGGUUCAGGAGUCGGGAAGCGGAAACGAACGUCGACUCUACCAUCGUCAGACAAUAAAAUGUCAGCUGUGGGCCAAUUGCAACCGUCAUCUAGGGAUGCUUCAGCGGAAGAGGGCGAUUCUACAGCCCCUGAGUCCGCUAUUAUAAACCACAAGAAAACCCUCAUUAACGACGCGACUAACCCUCCUGCGAAGCGGCUUCGAUCAUCGACUCACGACACGGUGUCCGAUGGCUCUGAUAAUGCCCAGGAUCCAGGCGAGCCAUCAGAUACCACAGAAGGAAGCGCAGAAAUUGCGAAUCGAGUAGCCCGGAAAGGGCGAAAAGGCACAUCCCAGGACGAGGGCAAUGACGAUGCACCUCAAUCUAUGGCACCACCCCCUAUUGGAAAAUUGACCCAUCCUGUUGGAUACACGACAAAUGAUCCUCCUGUUGGGGGACCAGUUCGCGUAUACGCUGACGGAGUCUUCGAUCUAUUUCAUCUUGGACAUAUGCGCCAGCUCGAGCAAGCCAAAAAAGCCUUUCCCGAUGUAUAUCUUAUCGUUGGCGUAACUGGAGAUAAGGAGACCCACAAACGAAAAGGACUGACUGUCCUCUCUGGACAAGAACGUGCGGAGACUGUUAGGCAUUGCAAGUGGGUAGACGAAGUCAUCGAGGACUGCCCCUGGAUUGUUACGCCGGGAUUCCUUGAAGAGCAUAGGAUUGACUAUGUUGCUCAUGACGACCUUCCAUAUGGUGCGGACGAAGGCGACGAUAUCUACAAGCCUAUUAAGGAAGCCGGGAAGUUCCUUGUUACCCAACGAACAGAGGGUGUCAGCACUACUGGCAUUAUCACAAAAAUUGUUCGAGAUUACGAGAAAUACAUCGCUCGUCAAUUCAAGCGUGGGACCUCUCGCCAGGAACUCAAUGUGUCAUGGUUGAAGAAGAACGAGUUAGACCUCAAGCGCCAUGUGGCAGAGAUGAGGGACGCCAUCCGCUCAAAUUGGGCCACCACUGGUCAAGAGUUGGGUAAAGAAAUUAGACAGUUCUGGCAGGCCAGUCGACCCGGCAGCCCUGCUAGGAUGUCAAGCUACGAUGAUUCAAAUAGAUCUAGCGGUCUUAUCAGCCCCUCUGCCCUUUCGCAUCUUAGCCGACGUUUGGAGAUUCCUAGAGCCGAGAGCCCUGGCGGCCCUGGAAGCGACUUUGCCACUGGUUACAGUCUAGGACUGAUUGGCGGUGUUCGGUCAUGGAUGACUCGAAGUCGCCAAUUAAACCAGGAUAGCCAGCAAGGAAGCGAUUACAGCGACGAUGACAGCGAUGGGAGGUCACCACCUCGGGGUAGAAAAGGCAAAGUUAGCAAUGAAUGCGAAGAGAGAGCAGUUGAUGCUCAGAUUGACGCCAUGAUGGAUGAGAACUCCAAGGCCUCGGGAGCAUAA